CAUUUGCUGCCCUGUCUCUGUCUCAAAUCUCUGUCUCUCUUUCUUUCUAUAGUUGAUUCAAUUGAUGGGUUCAUUCCUCUCCAAAAAAAAAAAUUUGAUAGGUUCAUGCAUGUGUGUGACGAAUAUGCCGUUCCAGCAAGAUGGAGACUUUUUUGGAACUCCUUCUUCUCCGCACUCCAUUCCAACAAGUUAGUUCCCAACCUCCGUUCGUUUGCAUUGCAAAUUGCAAUAUUGCAUUCCAUGAUGAAACCUAUAUAUACAAAGUCCUCAAUUAGCUCUCUCUCCAUCUCUUGCAAGUAGUUGCAACAAGCAAGCUAGCUAGGCAGCCAAUAACAAAACAAAUUCUUGGGUCUAUCCAUCCAUCCAAGGUCCAAUUAAGUUUAGCAAGAGAGCUUUGAAGCUAGUUUUAAUGGCGGGCAAGAUCAAGACGGUGGUGGUGUUGGUGCAGGAGAACCGGUCGUUCGACCACAUGCUGGGCUGGAUGAAGUCCCUCAACCCGGAGAUCGACGGCGUCACGGGAACCGAGACCAACCACGUCAUCGCCGGCGACGCGUCCUCCAAGGCCGUCGUCUUCUCCGACAAGUCCGAGUACGUGGACCCGGACCCGGGCCACUCCAUCCAAGCCAUCUACGAGCAAGUCUACGGCACGCCCUUCGUCGACGCCACCGCCACACCGAUCACCCCUUCUUCCCCGGCGACGAUGGCCGGCUUCGCGCAGCAAGCCGAGAAGGAGAAGCCCGGGAUGUCGGAGACCGUGAUGAGCGGGUUCAAGCCCGACGCCGUGCCCGUUUACAAGGAGCUCGCCAAGGAGUUCGCCGUGUGCGACCGCUGGUUCGCGUCGAACCCGGCGUCGACGCAGCCCAACCGGCUCUUCGUGCACUCCGGCACCUCCCAUGGCCUCGUCAGCAACGACACUAAAACCCUCGUCGCCGGCUUGCCACAGAAGACCAUCUUUGACAGUCUCGACGAUGCCGGCCUUUCGUUCGGCAUCUACUACCAGUUCCCGCCGGCCACGCUCUUGUACCGCAACCUCCGGCAGCUCAAGUAUCUUGACAACUUCCAUCAGUACGAUCUCUCGUUCCGUCGCCAUUGCCGGGAAGGGAAGCUUCCCAAUUAUGUCGUCGUCGAGCAGCGGUACUUCGAUCUCGCAAAUAUAGGGCUCCCCGGGAACGAUGAUCACCCUUCCCAUGAUGUCGGCGAGGGGCAGAGGUUCGUGAAGGAGGUGUAUGAAGCUCUCAGGGCCGGGAAGCAAUGGGAGGAGACGCUGCUAGUUGUGACGUAUGACGAGCAUGGGGGAUUUUACGACCAUGUCCCGCCGCCUUCCGGCGCCGGCGUCGUGCCCAGCCCCGACGGCAUCGUCUCUGCGCCGCCGUUCUUCUUCAACUUCGACCGCCUCGGGGUCCGCGUCCCGGCCUUCUUCAUUUCGCCGUGGAUCGAGCCUGGGACGGUGGUGCACCGGCCGGCCCAUGGGCCGGAGCCCACGUCGGAGUUCGAGCACUCCUCCAUCCCAGCCACCGUGAAGGCCAUCUUCGGCCUCCCGAGCUUCCUCACCAAGCGCGACGCCUGGGCCGGGACAUUUGACACCGUGCUCACCCGGCAAACGCCGCGGAAGGACUGCCCUACCAAGCUGCCGGAGCCGGUGAAGAUGAAGCGUCUGACGGCGGUGGCGGCGGCGGCGCCGGUGAUCUCGGAGUUCCAGGCGGAGCUGGUGCAGCUGGCGGCGGCGCUCAACGGCGACCACGCCAGGGAGGACUACCCGGAGAAGCUGGUGGAGGGCAUGACGGUGCCGGAGGCGGUCAGCUACUGCAACGACGCCUUCAAGGCGUUCCGCGACGAGUGCGAACGCUGCAAGAGCUGCGGCAUGGAUGGGUCCCAUGUCCCCAUCUUGCCUCUGCCGGCGCCGCCAGCACCACCGGCGCCGGAGAAGAAGAAUAGCUUCCCGUCCAAGAUUCUGGCUUGCUUUGCGUGUGGCCGUUCUUAGGCAGGCUUCAGGAUUCAGACUCUCUGUUGGUUGGAUUCGUUGGACAGUGAUAUGAGCAAGACUGGUUGGUUGCUUCACGAUAGACAAGACUGGGUCGUGUCUCAUCAAAACAGAAAAAAAAAAGGUUUCUUUCUUUUUAUAUGAAAAGAAAAAGGAAAUUUGGUUGUAUAGGAGAAGACGCAUGUAAAUUUUACAGUGUUACUCACGUGUGAGCAGAUUGAUGUAAUGAUGAUGAUGCAUAUUUAUAAGUGAGAUUUUCUUAUGUGUCAUA